GACAACCAAGAGGUCUCAAACACUCUACGAUGGUCAGCCCACCAGUCCCCCAGGUGUCUGUCAUAUCCCCAUGGCUGAGCCUUUCUGCAACAAAACUAGAGAGGUUUUGGUGGAGGUGGCGCGGAGUCUGGGGGUCAAAUGUCAUGUGCGAGGGACCAUGCUGACUAUCGAGGGGCCUCGGUUUUCUUCGCGGGCAGAGAGCCUGAUGUUCCGCCAGUGGGGUGCUGACGUCAUCAAUAUGACCACCGUGCCAGAGGCGGUCCUCGCCAAGGAGGCUGGCUUGUGCUAUGCCAGCAUUGCCAUGGCAACAGACUACGACUGUUGGAAGGAGCACGAGGAAGCAGUCUGUGUUGACAAUGUACUGAAGACGAUGAAGGAGAAUGCAAACAAAGCUAGCAGUAUCCUGUUAACAGCAAUACCCCAGAUUAGUCAGAUGGACUGGGCUCAGACAAUAAAUACAUUGAAAUCGAUGGCUCAGUCUUCAGUAAUGAUACCGAAGCACUAAACGCAGAGGAAACUACUAGAAAGGAUAAAGAGACCAGACAACCACCCACACGGAGUCAAACACCGACUGCAAACUCAACCCUGCCCGUCCAAUCGUCAUCAGUGAAUCACAACAAAGUGCCUCACAUUAAAUAAUCCACUUUUUAUUUUCUUUUUUUUUUUUUUUGGGGGGGGUCUUUAUUUAGUUGGAUGUUCAGUGUUUUGUGUUGACUCUUGACUCUGAUUCAGAGAUCACUCAUUUAUGUCUGGAGCAUGUUUUCCUCUCACACAGUGUUAGGUGGGAGGGCCCUUCCACUCUAGCUGUAGUUGAGGAAAUGGAUGUUUGUUACAGUUACCACAUUUGGGUCUAAACAUUCUAAGGUUUUAAGUAUUCAGUAUUUUGUGGACACAUUUGUAUGUGUUUGCUGGUUGUAAGCCACUGGUGUCUUAGUUUCUGGUUAUAUGAAGAUGAUUUUUAAAGCUUUGCAAGUUUAGCACACAAAUACUAUAUUACUGCCUUAGUUGCAUUUAAGCUUCUACUCUUCAAGCUUGAAUCUAUUGUCAGCAUGAGAAUGACUGAACGUCUAAAUGUUACUUCAAUCUGGUCACUCUUGUGGUCUUUACGGAAUAAUUUCAUUUUUAUUUGCUCUUUAUGACUGUGUUUAAUGACUAGAGAAACAUCUCAUUUUGAAUGGCAUGCUGUUCUGUACCUGCAAAUACCGUAACCAAGUCAGUGAAAAGCUGUCAAAUUGGCAGUAAACAUGUACCAACAGUGGUAGUGGGGGGGAAACACCCAAAUUAUUUGCUAUACUGACAGUUUGGGGUUUUUUUUUUUUUUUUUUUCCCCCAAAGCAUGGAUUGAAAUGGGAAUUUUGUCAUGUUGCAUCAUAUUGUAGUCAUUUGAGAUUUUUCUUGUUUACAUUUUCUUAACUUGAACUUACUCUGUACAUUGCACAGCAUAUUUAGUAGCCUCUUCUUCAGCAGCCUGUUUUUCUGUAGUAUGAAUAAUUUGUCUCAAUAAAAGUUAGACUUUGACUAA